AUGCGGAAAAGCGCUUUUCGGAUUAUUCAAGCGUAUGCGCCGGGCGACGCGGCCUGCAGCCGUCCGGCGCGCAGUCACCGCCGCAAACGUGCGUGUGUGCUUUACCGGCGUUUACUGCUGCUGUCGCGAACGGUGUGUAGAGGAGCCGCGUGUUGUUCACGGCCCAGGUUUCUGUGCCGUUCGCUGUCAGCUUUCUGCUUCUCCAGCGCUGGUGUUUGUGGUGCGUGGUGGAUUUUGUCAGUGAGUGAACACCCAGCUGUUGUCAUUCCCAGAUGUGGUCCAGCAAGUCCAUUUAAAGGACACUUAAGUACUAAGAGUAAUGCUUUCUGCAUUGAUUCCUCACAAAGUCUAACCAACCAGUACCUGAUCAGAGAUCACCUGAUGUUUCAUUAUAACAAAAUCCUUUCAGCCAAAGCAGCUGUAGACUGUUCAGUGCCCAGAAGUAGGCUGACCAGCGUCAAACUUGCUGACCAGCAAAGAAGAGAGAAAAUGAAAAAGAAGCUAGCCAGGUGUGAAAAAGAAAUGAGUGAGGGUAAAAAUGCCUCACGAUCCAGCUCAAGAGAGAGUGGAAGGCUGCUGUCAUCGUCUUUGGGAAAGAGUUCCUUAGAAGCAGAAGACCACGACCAUCUCUUCCCCUGCGCUCAGCGGGCACAGUACUUGUCUAGAACACGGUCGCCUCCUGGCGAGCAUGGCUUGGUUCACUCCAGUCCUGUAAAAUAUGCCAGAAAAGAUUCUCGGAAUACAUCUAAUGCCUCUAACUCAAGCUCGAGUGUCAGUAUCUCAAGGCCUCUAAGAAAACAGUCUGGAAUUUCGUGCAGUUGCUCCACUGAUAGUUUUGUGGGCGUCAGUCAUUCCCAGAGGCAUCAAGAAGCUAACUCCAAAACGUACAGCGGAGAUCUUUUAGACAGGCACUCUGACUUCUUUACUGAUAGCCGAAAACCUUUUACUCCACGCACCUUAAUAUCAGAUGCUAAAUCCUUCCUUUCACAGUACAGGUAUUAUACUCCUGCUCGAAGGAAAAGGAAAAAUCGCCGUAAGCAGCAGGUGGAUGCUGAAACACAGACUGAUGUAAUCAGCUUUCCCUGUGCAGACAAAGCAUCUGACAGAAAAGCUAUGACUGAACAUCAGAAGACCACAGCGAAGGCUGAAGAUAAAAGACAUACUGUGGAUAAGCCUGAGAGAACAACAGCUGCUCUUCAGUACUCCUUCCCAAGAGCAACACCUUUGUAUUCUGAGCAGCCUUCAGCAAGGAGAGAAAUCCAGUCUGAAGAAGAGGAGCUUUUAUAUCUGACUUUCAUUGAAGAUGUAACAAAUGAAAUUCUUAAGCUUGGGCUAUUUUCUAACAGAGUUCUGGAACAAUUGUUUGAGUGUCACAUACAAGAAAACAAGCACCAUUUGGAUGAGAACAAAAUGCGCCAUCUAUUGGGCGUCCUUAAAGUGGACCUUGGUUGCAGCCCAGGCAGAAGCACUGAGGAAAUCCAUGCAAGCCAGGAAGCGUUUCACUCAGAUCUAGAGACGCUUAACACAAUGCAACAGCUCAAGUUUACCCGCAAAAGAUGGAGACAAAGAAAAACUAUAAAAAGUGAAGAAUUCUUUAGGGCCAUGGAUUUAUUAUCAAAGGAACCAAACAAAGGCAAAUCACCAGUGUGUUUUGAAAAUUCAAAGGAAAGACAGAGCAAGGAUGACUUUUUAGUAGAUGUUGCUGAAAUGAUGACUGCUGGGACAGACUCUCACUCUUCUGCAAAAUCUGAAGAAGGCCCAGACACUUCACCCACAUUUGACGCAACUUUAAACUCUAUUAGUUGUGACAGUGAUUUGGAAACCACCAAGGACCUUGAUGAUCUUGAAGAAAGCUUUGCAGAGGCCCUUCAGCUAUCACCUGGCUAUCCGGAGUAGUAGCCAAGAUUUAGCUGUUAAACAGGGUUGGAGAUAGUUCUGUGGAGAACUGCAAUUCACUAAAUAAAUUAUUUGUUUUAUCUUCAGUGUUUCUGUUUAAACACUGCUACAGUGUCUCUAGCAGGGUAGUAUUAAUCGGGCAUUAAUUGAUCUCUGUAGUAAUGUAAAGGGUAAAGUGUCAGUCAUCCAAAAAUUUUCGUAUAUUUUGUCUAUAACUGUAUAACCCAAAACCAACUUUUGAGAGUAUUAAAAUUAAUUUAUAUUUUUAGGAAGCUUUAGCUGUAAUAGUAAGUUAUGAAAUA